CGCUGGAAGGGCCCGCGGUCGCCCUGGUCCCGCUCCCGAGACCCCCGUCCCUUCUCCGGGCCCCGCUCCCGGCUAAAGCGCCGCCGCAGAGCCCUUACCGGAGCUCCCCGGCGGCACCCGGGGCAGGGGAGUAGCCGGCAGCCCGCCCAGGAGUGGUUCCGGGUCGCAAAGGCGGACUCUGCGAUAGCAGCACGGAGCAGGGAGCGGCGGCGACAUGCGCUUCCGCUUCUGCGGGGACUUGGACUGCCCCGACUGGGUGCUGGCCGAGAUCAGCACCCUGGCCAAAAUAUCCUCGGUGAAGCUGAAGCUGAUCUGCGCCCAAGUGCUGCGGGACCUGCUGGGGGAGGCCAUCGAGUAUGACAAGAUCCUGAAGCUGACCUCGGAUGCAAAGUUAGAGUCGGGGGAUGUGAAGGCGACCAUCGCUGUCCUCGGCUUCAUCCUCUCCAGUGCAGCCAAGCACAAUGUAGACAGUGAGUCUCUGUCAAGUGAGCUGCAGCAGCUGGGACUGCCCAAAGAACACGCCAGCGGCUUGUGCCGUUCCUACGAGGAGAAGCAGAGCCCCCUCCAGGACAGGCUCAGGGCGUGCAGCCUGCGAUUGAGCCAGCUGGGCUCAGUGCGCUGGCGGGUGGAUUACACCCUCAGCUCCAGCGAGCUGCAGGAGGUCAAUGAGCCCGUGGUGCACCUGACCUUCAACGUGCGGGACACGGAGUGCGACAAGACCACGGCUGUCCCUGUGACGCUUUCGGCCAACAAAUUCUGGGUGCUGCUGGCAGAGCUGAAGCAGGCGCAGACCCUGAUGAACACCCUUUUCUGAGGAGCCAGGAAAGUGCCGCGGCGGGAGGCUGCGACACUGAGCUGGGGAUCCAGAUUGGUGCUCCUGGCUGGGGUGGAGGACGUUUCCCUUUCCUCCGGGUUUCCGGAGGUCCUCGGGGCAGCUCCAAUAAAGUCCCGGUGACAAAGCUGA